AUGCCGUCCCCCAACUCCUCCUUCACCAGCCUCGUGUCCUCCUACCGCACCCCGGUGUACGAGCCCGGUGUACGAGCCCACCCCGCCUUCUCGCACCACUUCGGCGCGCUGGCCGCCGCGUACGGACCCGGCGGUUUCAAGGGCCCUCUGUACCCCUUUCCGCAGACGGUGAACGACUACACACACGCCCUGCUCCGCCACGACCCCCUGGGCAAACCUCUGCUCUGGAGCCCUUUCUUGCAGAGGCCUCUGCAUAAAAGGAAAGGCGGCCAGGUGAGGUUCUCCAACGACCAGACUAUCGAGCUGGAGAAGAAGUUUGAGACCCAGAAAUACCUCUCCCCGCCUGAGAGGAAGCGUCUGGCCAAAAUGUUGCAGCUUAGCGAGAGACAGGUCAAAACCUGGUUUCAGAAUCGACGCGCUAAAUGGCGAAGACUAAAGCAGGAGAACCCUCAAAGCAAUAAAAAAGAGGAACUGGAAAGUUUGGACUAUCCCUGCAAUCAGAGGCAAGACUUGCCCAGUGAACAGAAUAAAGGUGCUUUGGAUAGCUCUCAAUGUUCGCCUUCCCCUGCCUCCCAAGAAGACCUUGAGUCAGAGAUUUCAGAGGAUUCUGAUCAGGAAGUGGGCAUUGAGGGCGAUAAAGGCUAUUUUAAUGCUGGAUGAUGAUCACUGACAUCGGCACAUUCAGAAAACUGGACUUGGGAAUAAUAUUUGCAACAGGAAAUCUCUAUAGACAACUGGAAAACUAUAUGGGAAAGGAAGUUAGUUUGCUGGUAUUCUGGAAACCGAAAAUAUUUGGUACACUGGCUAAAUAACAAACUCACAUUGAAACCUUAAUUUUGACUUAAGAAACAGUUUAUAUAUUGAUUUUAGGUUGUACGAUAAGGGGACUUUUCACUGGUUCAAUUUACCCCCUUUUAAAAAAGUAAUUUCUUUUCCUAUUUAUAAAAGGCAAUUUUGAACAUUUUGGUUGAAUUUUUAAGUUAUAACUUUAAAGAUUUUAAUGGGAUCUUUUUGAAUAACUUUUCUAUAAUCUGUAUCUCAUCCCACUGAAUGGAAAACCAAAGGGUACCCCAAACUCAGAGGUAUGCCUUGGAAAGGGGGCCCGCAUUUCGGGCAGCCUUGGAAUAUUUUAAAAGGAAACAUUCUUUACUUUUAUAUUACAUUCUUACACUGCUGCUUAAAUCCGAAAGCAGCUCAGAGCUCAUCUCCGGGAUGUGCCUGCCUUUUGUUAGAGAGAGAUAG